GCGCAUCAAGUCAACCUCCUGAAGGUGGUCUUGGACUUCACGGUGUGCCACAACAGUUCAUCCACCACCACCAAGUAAAGAAGCAGCAACAAUCACACCAGCAAAACAUGAACGUGACACCCUUCCAUCACCCAAUGCAGCUCGUCCAAACUCCAAUGGCCUUUUCGCCACAGAUGCUUCAAUUCCCAACCACUCCUGGUAUGGGCGCGAUUCCUUUGCAGAACGGCCAUCCCGUUCAGCACCCCCACCAGCCACAAGUCGUGCCAAAGAAGAAGAAACACGUCGAGAUGAAG